AUGCGAUGCCAAAUAUCUCUGCUGGACAUCGUCGGCUGCCCUCCAGUGAUUAAGGUGACGGCCUUCGAACAGCGCCAGGUAACCGCUGUUCCAAAGCCGUCACCGGUUAAUCACCUGCCCCGAGCUAGAGGAUCCAUCCAGAGUAUUACCUGUCGACAUCGAGGUGUUGGAGGAGGAGGGCGGGAUCGGAACGCGAGGAUCGAGGAAGGCGUGUCCUCCCCGGAGGGCGACAUCAUUCCUAUGUCGAAAAUGAAAUGCUAUGCUUAA